UCUUCUUUUUUUUUUCUUCUUUGAAAAUCUGUAGCAUUAAAAACAGUUGUGGUCAUUUUCAAAAUAGUCAUGUAAUCCAUGCAUUUGUGCACAAACUCUCAGAAGAAAGAUCUAAAUAUGGAGUAUGGCUGUGAGUUUUGCCAUGGCUGACUGACAUCCCAGAGGCCUGUUUACUGGGUGAAGUUUACAGCUCUAAUCCCACAAGACUGAUGGUACUGCAAAGUGACUUUUAAGAGCUUCUGCCCGGAGUUUAGAGGGGUUGUUGAGAAGAUGAGAAAGAGAGCGAGGGAAGGGGAGGGUGAUGGACAGACCAAGAAUGAGGGGGCCUAAAAGUCUGUCAUUCUUCAGCGAGACUCACUUCAUGAAAGAGCAACUUCUGGAAAGAGAGCGCGCACUUAUCCUUGAGAGGCAAAGAGACAGUUUAGACUGAAGACAAAUCAGAACAUCAUCCAAAUGGACACUGCUGCACUGGGAUGUGCAGUUUUAUCAAUCUGCAUUAUUAGUAAUGGAGAUUGUUGAGAUUUCAGUGAAGCUUUAUUUGAUUUAAGAACUACAGAAAGGAACCAACAUCCACCUGGACCAGAAAGAACAGCUUCCAACCCCACCGCCAUGGAGAUCCUCCUCGAAGCACAUUCUAACAUCACAUCCGAGUCUCCCAUCAAUACCAGCGUCCACCGCCUGGGGGUGCCGGACCUGAAGAAACUGGCCCACCUGGACAAGUCUCUGUACCAGGAGUUCUACGUCCUGUGGAUCACGCUGAUGGUGGUGAACACACUCAUGUUUGUGGUCGGCGUGGUCCUGAACAGCCUGGCGCUCUGCGUGUUCUGCCAGCGGAGCCGCUCUCGGACGACCCCGGCCAUUUACACCAUAAACCUGGCGGUGGCCGACCUUCUGGUGGCGCUGUCACUCCCGGCCCGCAUUGCGUUUUAUCACAGCGGAGGCGACUGUGUGGCGUGUUUCUACAUGCACACCUUCAGCUACUUUGUGAACAUGUACUGCAGUAUUUUGUUUCUCACUAGCAUCUGCGUGGACCGCUAUAUGGCAGUGGUGCGGUCGGCGGGAAGCCGCAGACGAAGCCCAGCGGCGGCAAAAUGUGUUAGCAUGUGCGUGUGGCUGUUCGCCGUGGUGGUCACGUACUCGCUGCAAACCUCGGCCCUGGACUUUCACGGAGCUUCAUGCUGCCGCGGUGCCGUGCUCUUCACCCUCACCGUGCUGGAGUUCGUCUUACCGCUCCUGGUAAUCGCGACGUUUACGAUCCGUGUCGCCUGCGCGCUUGCGGACGGCAGGCUCAUGCCGCAGAGCUGGGGGCGGCGUGCGCGUGCCGUCAGGCUGCUGGUAGCCGUAUUGGUGGUAUUUACCGUGUGCUUUACGCCAUAUCACGUGCGUGAGGCCGUGGUGUACUUCCAGCUAGGGGGCAGCAAAGAGCAGCACAUGGUGGCGUAUCACGUGACCAUCACGCUCAGCAGUCUGAACAGCUGCCUGGAUCCUGUGGUUUACUGCUUCGUGCCGGAUAGUUUCCGCUCCACCCUGCGAAGAGAGCAGAAGAAGAGGUUCAGAGAGCAGCCGGUGGCAAUCAAGGGAAACAGGAGCACCAAAGAUACAGGAACGCCGACGGCCAUCGCAUACAGCGUCGCAACGCUCACGCUCACACCCUGCAUACUGCCGUCCAGAGACAUUCCCACCUGAAAUCAAACACUCCGACAGGAGUUUUACCAAUGGGUCAAUAUGAGAAAUAUCAAAGAAAUGAUCUAUCAUCUAUAAACAUUUACAUGCAUGUUCUUUACUUGAUUAUGCUUAAGCCUACAAUGUGUGGUUAUGUAAACGCCUCACUUUUCAAACAGCUUAAGCGACUGACACAGCUAGAUUUUUGCCCGUUACCUCGAUUUCACUCGGCGUGUAAACACCUUAAAUUCUGCAUCUAUUCUUCCCUAUUGCAAUGUAUAUCCAAGUAAAAUGGCUUCUUGAACAAGAACAAAUGUAGAUCAGGGCUUGAUUUUGUCCAUGGGGAAUUGAUUGGAUGGUUGUGGUUUGCUAUUGGUGGAUCUCAUGUGAGUGACAGGCUGCCCCGCCCUCACGCCAGUAAACACAUCAUCAGGGAAGACAUGUCGCUGCAAGAGGGAGGGGAGGAGCAUCCAUAUUACUAUGAAUGGGAGAAAGUGCAACGCAUAAAAUCGUGGAAUAAGUCCCACCUUCUAUAUCAAACAGCCAGUCACCUGAAAAUGCAAUUUUUUUCUCAUGAUUUGAACGUUUAGAAACAAAACAGUUGUCAGAUUUCAUUGGUGAUUUCAAAUAUAAAAAUUUAAUCACAAGAUUGGUGAACAUCUUUGGAGAAUUUAAAGUUUCCCCAUUCAGAGAAGAGCUGCACUCACAUGACUGAAACAACUGCCCGAGAGGCGUUUCAAAGAUGGCUGCCGAUUGAAAUUACUUGCCUUAAAGGCGCAGUAAGUGAUUUAUGAGAAACUUUGUUGAAAGUGAAUCGGACCAAGCACCAAAGCACACUGGUAGCCAAUCAGUAGUUGGGGGCGUGUCCACUCAUGAUGGGGGAGGAGAAAGAGUGAAUCAAUCAGCAGUAGGGGGCGUGUCCACUCAUGAUGGGGGAGGAUAGAGAGUGAAUCAAUCAGCAGUAGGGGGCGUGUCCACUCUCAAUGGGGGAGGAAAGUGAAUCAAUCAGCAAUAGGGGGCGUGUCCACUCAUGAUGGGGGAGGAGAGUGUGAGCCAAUCAGCAGUAGGGG